AUGGCGAGCCAGAGCGCCGCCGUGGUUGCGAUAGACAUAACGCAUAAAAUUACCAAGGCUGCUUCUACGCUGCCACCGGGAGAGAUCGUCAAAGAUGGCUUCUUUACGUUGUUUGAGUCCGUUGGGGCCCUUGAAAUCAUGGACCCCAAGAUGGAUAGCGCCUGCGAGGACCCUCACGAUGAGCUUGGGGAAGUGUAUGACGUGAGGAGAGAACUUCUACCGGAUGAAGUUCUCGGUAUUAUGGACCAGCUACUGUGCCAUGAGACGCUUUUCACAUGCGUAUACGUCGAGGAGAUCCUUAUGCCGAAUCCUGAGUCGAUCCAUGAUGCAGACUUUAUCAAGGACCCUCCUUCGGAGUAUCAGCGACCGCCUCUCUCAUUGGUGCUCCGGGCGUAUUGCGAGGAAGAUUUCGUGAGCAACACAUACAGUCGCACGCUCCUAGAUGCUGUUAACCACAAUGACGUCUUGGACUGCCUACAAGAGGCGGCAUCCCUCCUGGAGUCCUUAAAAGGGUCUAUGCCCAAGGACGUCUUAGACGCUCUCAGUGCUCGAAUUUCGCUCCGCCAAGCCUUCCUCCGAGCGACUAUCGCAUCCGAAGAUACCGCUGACCAUGUUGGUCUUUACGACGCCUGGACCCAAGCUAAUAAAGCUUUGGGCGUGUUCAACAAGUCUUUAACUGUUCCCACCACUCGCGUUGCGGACUCGUUUAGUGCGAAGAUACAGCAGAAACUUGCUAGCACUAUGCCGCCGAGGCCGAUUGUGGAGCUGAGCCUUGACGAGGCAACUGGGCAUUUGACGAGGUUAUUUCAAGACAGCUUGGCGGCGAUCAACAUUACUGAUUAUUCGGAUCCCCAAUCUCUAUUGACAUCCGUUGCAAUUUUCCAGUCCAGGAAACCGCAGCCUCUAGUUUACGUUCGAUGUCUCAUCCAAGGGCUCAUAUUCAACGACAUGGUGAUUCUGGGAAAUAAGAGCAUGCGCCAAAUCAUGGACGACGACUUUUCAAUGCUCACGAUGUCGUACAGCCCCCUGUUAGACCGGUCCUAUGACGAAAUAGAGGUCACCCAUGACCCCCGAUUCAUGAUUGCCCAGCACAUGGAAAAGUUCCGCCAAAAGACAGCGCCUAUAUACUUUGAGAUUCUGCGCGUGCUAUGCCUCAACAGGUGCAGAGUACGCCGCACUCUCAUUCACCUCGUCCGCGAGUGGGAUUACCUUCAUGGGGAGGCCGAGCAACUAGACCAAACAUUAGCGCAGUUGACAGGAGAACAACCGCUGACGAUCAGCCUCUCUGGGAACCCACCUGCACCGACGCAAUCGUUACCGCUCUCAUCUUGGGCAUGUCUUCACAAACUCCGGUUGAUGAAGUGGAUCAUCCAGCUAGGGUUUGAACUAGAUGUCUACCAAAACGACGAGCUCGCAGCCAUGUACUGGUACCUCAAUUACCUGAGCAAGCAGCGCUUCCAACUUCUCGAACGGACGAAGUCUUUUGUCGACGUACACGCGAGGAACCCGAGGAACCAGCGUCGGGCGGACGCGGACCGUCAAAUCAUUGCGUCCCUUGCCUUCCUCCGAUUUGCCCUCCUCGAGUCCGCCAUAACGUGGGAUCUAUCCGAUAGCCUCACCUGCUUGUACACAGUACUUCUACGCCUCUCGCUCAUAAAGCCUCCGCCCCGACCCUACAGCACCGAUGAACUUCGCUACGAGCUCCGGAUGCGCCCAUUUUGCACCAUCGGCGUACCCGAGAUGAUUCCGUACCAGCUAUUCAAGGACGCCGUGGAGCAGCGCGAUCUCUCUACGGAGCACCUACUCGAGAGCGCAGCCAAAUCCGCGGCGAGCGCUCGGAAGAGCCUAGACAGCAUGUCGAAACUUGAUAAGUCGAUGACCUUCUCCGGUAUGAGUUACGAGGGAUGGCUAGAAAAGACGAAGGGUUCUCUGAAGUCAUGCAUCGCGAUAAGUGUUGGGGUCGCUACUCUUCAGAAGAUGGUAAAGGCGGCGGGGCCUGAUGGGGAGGUGAAGGCGAAAGUGGAGGUAGCGGAGGCGAGCAAAGCGUAUCACGAAUGGUGGAUUGUACCUAAAAUUAUUCCUGCAUGA